UCCAGCCUAGAGUGAAUGUCUCCCCCGCCAAGAAGGGACCCCUGGAGCACCACAACCUGCUUGUCUGCCACGUGACAGAUUUCUAUCCAGGAGGCAUUCAAGUCCAGUGGUUCCGGGAUGGACAGGAGGAAACAGCUGGGGUUGUGUCCACUGACCUGAUCCGUAAUGGAGACUGGACCUUCCAAAUCCUGGUGAUGCUGGAAAUGAUCCCCCAUCAGGGGGAUGUCUACACCUGCCAUGUGGAGCAUUCCAGCCUGGACAGUCCUGUCACCGUGGAGUGGAAGGCACAGUCUGAUUCUGCGCAAAGCAAAAUGAUGACUGGAAUUGGGGGAUUUGUGCUGGGGUUCAUCAUCCUUGGAGUUGGCGUAUUCAUGCAUAAGAGAAACAAGAAAGGUAAGGAACCCUCAAGAGGAGGCUGA